UUUUGAAAGUUCGGUGGGUUUUUUUCUUUUUUGUGUGUAUACCUAAAAGAUAAAUAUGAUCGAUAUCGUCGGCACUUGUUAUCGCUUCAUCGGAGACGUUCUACACGGGUUCCGGGCACAACCAAGUAAAUCAAAUGUCGAUAAUGUGGAAGUAGAUCCAAAACCAGCUUCUAAACCACUGAAUCUAACAAAGUUCGAUGAUUUAGCAGCUCAAGCAUUAACAACUGUGUUUGGAAUGGAUGCGGAAGGAAGAAUUAAGAAAGAACAAGCACGUAAAGUUGUCGAAAAUCUUGGGUUAAUAGGUGGAAUGGAUGAAACUAAGAAUUUCGAGCUUCCGGGCAGUUUAGAAGAAGAUCAAGAGUUGAAAGCAGAAGAGAUCGUGGAUGGUUUGGAUGAUGAUCAAGAUGGUUUGAGACGUUCCGAGCUGAUGAAACGAGCAUUUACGGUGUUCGACGAAGACGGAGAUGGGUAUAUAGAUGCUACAGAAAUUAAGAGAGUUCUUGAGUGUUUAGGGUUAGCUAAAGGAUGGGAUAUGGAUCAGUUUGAGAAGAUGAUUAAAGCUGUGGAUUUGAAUUUUGAUGGGAAAGUGGAUUUGAGUGAGUUUGAGUUGAUGAUGGGCGCAAAGAUAAUGUAAUAUUAUUCAUGUACUUAAUUGUUUUCGUAUUGUUAUAUAUUUUUUCAUGAGUGUCAGUGGAAAAUAAUGCAGAUAAGCUUGGAUUAUUUUUUUCUUGCAUCAUGGCACUGUAUAGGUGGCUGUUUUUCCCA